AUGGGACAUGCGUGCAGACUUAUCUCGUUAUUUAACGAUAAAAAGCCCAUCGAUUUAUACAAAUUAAGAAUAUACUUGAAAAUGGAAAUUAAUGAUAAAAUUUUGUUAAUAAUUGGAGCUGGUGUAAGUACCAUAGCUGCUUUACUUACACUAAUUGGAUUCGUAACUCCUCGUUGGUUACAUAUUGGCCCAGGCAUAUUUAAAUGUCCACUUGGAAGAGUAUGUUCGCCUUCAGCAGCUACUCUAUCGAUACUCGCUCUCUUGUUAUUAAUUACAACAGCAAUUAUUUUAGUAACUAUUGCAGUUCGAUUAUUUCCACGAAAAUGUCGUUUUAUUCCACUUCUACUGAUAUUCAUUGCCACCAUCUUUAUCCCAUCAGCUUAUGCAAGUUAUUUAAAUAAUUAUUAUCGAGGCUCUAUUGUGGGUUAUAGUUUUAAUUUGAUGAUUUCUGCACAACUAUUUGCUUAUCUGGCCUCGUUACUAAUAGCAUUCUGGUUUGGGAGUACAAUGAGUAAUAAAAUAACAACAACAACAAUUAGAACGACUAAUACAAAUGUGCCAGCAUCGUCAAAAAUUAUACUGCCAUCAUAG